GAGGGCGGUGUAGUAUGAACCUCGACCAGGUUUGCAUCCUGUCACUGAAACACGGAAAAAGCAGAAACCAACUCGACGGGUACUCCGCUGUGAUCGAGCCGUUUGAGUUGUUUUUUUUAUUUCUAAAACUGUCGCCGAUACUAUUAUUUUCUUUUUUUUUGUAUGCGUAAGCAAACUGGUGAAGCCUUGACAUAUUACACAGAGCCAAGUGAGUGCGUAUUUUUUCUGUGUAUGCGUCAGUUUGGGAUUUCCUCAAUAGGGAAAGUAAACUGAAGCGGGCCCGUGAAGCCAUGGCUGACAGUAUGGACGAAGACGUGCAGGAGGAGCCUUUACCACUCCAGCAGGACCUGACCUGCCCCGUGUGUCAGGGCAUCUUCCAGGACCCCGUGCUGCUGCCCUGCAGCCACAGCUUCUGUCGGGAGUGUCUGCAGAAAAGUAUUCAGUACAACAAGAAGUGUCCCUUGUGCAGGGACGAGUUUGAGGAAGGGAAGGCCAUCUCCAACCGCGCGCUCAGCAGCGCGUGUGAGUCCUUCCUCAAACAGUCCAACAGCCGGUCGAACCGGAAACGUCCCAGCGAGGACACCUGUAACCUGCACCUGAAGCCGCUGGAGCUGUACUGUGAGAAGGACGAGGAGCCCGUGUGUGUGGACUGUGUCACUCUACACAACACACACAAGCUGUGGCCGCUGAAAGAAGGGGCACCACUGUGUAAGAGGGAGCUGAGCUUCAAAGUCCAGAUUUUUGAAAAGAAAGUGGAGUCAUACAAGAAAGUGACACGUAAACUCAGCAACGCAACGGAGUACAUCAAGUAUCAAGCUGGGCAGGCAGAGAAGCAGAUCAAGAUGGAGUUUGAGAGGCUCCACAAAGCUCUUGUCACAGAGGAAGCUCUGCGUCUAAAAGCCCUGGCUACCGACGAGGAGCAUAAGAUUGCUUCCAUACAGAAGCUGAUUGACGACACAAACAAUGACAUUGACGCUUUGAACAAGCUCACUGAUACGCUGAAGAAAGAGAUGGGCAACGAGGAUCUACCCCUCCUACGGAAUUUCCAGAAGUUAAAAAGAGAAGCCCAGUGGACUCGUGAAGAACCUCGACUCCCUUACGACUCUCUUUUGAACAUGGGCAAGCAUGUUGGUGCUUUAAGCUUCAAAAUCUGGAAGAACAUGCAGGCCCAUAUCAAAUAUAAUCCCGUGGUGUUGAACCCGAACACAGCCUCUCCAUGGCUGUCUUUGAAUGCUGACCUGUCCAGUGUGAAGGAAAGCUCAGAGCGGCUGACCACCCCAGACAACCCGGAGCGCUUUGAUCCCUGUGUCUUUGUCCUGGGUGCUGAAGGUUACUCAUCUGGGAAACACAGGUGGGAUGUCAUUGUUGGUGACAACCCCAAGUGGAUUGUGGGAGUGUGCAAAGAGUCUGUGCCCCGUAAAAAGAAGUUCACGGUCUCUACGAACCGUGGUGUGUGGUCCAUAGGGCUGAGCAAAGGGGUGUAUACCGUCUCAACACCUGAGCGUACAGAGCUGCAGGUGCAGCAGCGUCCCGAAAGGAUCCGCGUUAAGCUGAAUAUAGAUAAGGGAGAGGUGUCAUUUUGGGAUGGGGGAACAGCAAAGCACCUUGUCACAUUGACACACAAAUUUGAUGAAGAGAUAUAUCCUAUUUUUGGCCCUGGGCUCCAUAGUACGCCAAUGAUUCUGGCUCCGGGAAAAAUAGCUGUACACACCUCAUGAUAAGCUAGUACAGUAUAAACUGCAGAGGGAUUCUUGUUUAUUUUUCAAAUAAAAACCUUUUUUAAAAGCAAGAUAAAUUUAACAUCAUGUAAUUAGUCAAAUAGGGAUGAAUUACAAAUCAGUGUAGCAAAACAAACAUUUAAAUUUGCUAAUGGGAAGAGAUAAGACAGAAUGAAUAUUACAAUUGGGGAAGAUGAUGAGAUUAUAGAUGAAUAUGUUAAAUGGGACAGGAAAUAUACCAAAAUUGGAUUUACUAAAAGAAUAUAAGACA